CUUCUACCUCUCUACCUCUUCCGUCAAAAUCCAUGCCUUUUCGCCUUGUCUUUAUUUCUAUCCCGCACAACAUAUAUCCUUGUGUUCGCCAUACCCACCUCAUUCUUCGCCCGAAUGCCUAGGGGAACGAUCCGAUUACCGACGCAUCGACCUGUCCUUCCUUUUGCGAAUGCGACGGAUAGAUAGUAGCGCUGUUUCCCAUAAGCUUCCAGCUUAUCAACCCGAGUUGAUUCACACUGACCGGUCGUGUGUGAAGGUUUUCGCCCCAACGCCAUCGAUCAGCCGCGAACUCUAAAUUCGCGAAUCCAAAUUUACCCUGUUCUUUGCUGCCCUCGUCGUCGGUUGCACGGCUGACUGGCUCGGAACAAGCUUCUGGGUCGGGAUCAGCAAGACGCGAGCGUAUGCCUCGCGCUUCAGCAUCGGCAAAGCGACAAGUCGGUGCCUCGAAUCAUCGCGAUACUAAGCAUGAGAAUGGCCUCGUAGUAUCAGGGAAGCGUGUCCAUAGGCAAUCGCAACAGCCGCAGCAGCAGCCGCAGCAAAGGAACCAGGGUCAGGUCGAUGGCAUUGUCCCCCAUAAACAACCGACCCUGCAACAACAAGCACAGUUCUCCGCCGAAGAUGCAAGUGUACCGUCUGCUCCCUCGACGCCGCCAGCCACUGCGAACGGGUUUUCCAAACACACGGCCGAGAUGCAUUCCGCUCCUCGAUCUGCUGAAUCUUUGAGGCGUUCUUCGCUGGGCGCAUAUUCGGAGACGUCAUCAGCCGAGUCUUAUAACUCGCUUGCUGCUAACAUCGCAUCCGAGGACAAUCAUCGCCGCAUUGAUGUUAAUGCUACAAAAAAUUCAAACGUCCACCGCGAUCCUGGCCCGCUUGACUUUGCCUAUACGGUUCUACGACUCUGCCCGUUACAAGAUACUAUUGCCAUACUCAUCAUCCUGAUGCAGAUCCCUCCUCUAGCCCUUUCCGCCAUCUAUGUCCUAUUCACCCUACUCACAUUUGUGACGAGCAAUAGCGUGAAUUUCAGUGAUGUGUUUGAGUGGAACCUUGGCGCUCCUUCCCUGGCAACAGUUAUAUGUGUAGAUGGCAUCGUGCUUCUGAUCUGGUUAUUUCUCUGGGGCCCUAUACAACAUGUCAUCCUCGAUCUGGCGCAAAUGGUCAUUGCUUUGGGGCUGGGAGGAGGUUCUAGUUCCAGAGAUGGUGGAUCCAUGAAGAACACACUCAUAUGUCUCAGCAUGAUUUUGCUCUCUCACGUCCUGCGCCAUACCAAGAUGAAAUACUCGCCUGUUGGUUAUAUGCUUGGAUCAAGUCGCUUUAUGACUCCUGAUCUAGACGAUCCCCUCGAAAGCCUUGAUCUUCUACGCGGGUAUGAUAAGGUGCAAUCAGGCUGGCUUGGGUGGAUCAAGAGUAUACUCGCCAUCCACAUACUUACACAAGGCUUGGUCAAAUACAUAAGGGACUGGUACCUGAGGCGAGAGAGACGAGACAACCUGGCCCAAAAUGCUGCGGAUCCUGAAGCUGGGAAGUCAUACACUCCAGAUGCCGACGGUGGGUUCUCAACGCCAGAUAGUGAUGCGGCAACUUUACAGAACUCGACGGCCUUAAUCACGAAAAAGAAGAGAAAACAAAGCGCUCAAGUUAGGAAUCGCCAGCCUCUAUGGGCAGCAUUGGCGAGCACGAAGAUUGUUGUUGUGAAAGAAUAUGAACUCACUCAUGCUGCAGCAGAAUCUGCUGGUUCAAACGCUACAGAUAUUCAUAACCUUGGAAAUGCUCCAUUUAAUACUCAGCCUGGGCAAAUCUGGAUCUCCUAUGUUGGCUACGAUGAGGUGUGCUUCAACACGAGUCAAUUCCCCAUCCACCGAUCGAGUGAAAACGACGAAAGGGCAUCACAGAACGAUUUCGUAAAGCCAUUCUACGUGAGAGUCAACAAUGCUAUCUGGCAGCCAACUCGAAUGACACCUAUCGAAAGCUAUGACGAGAGUACCGGGCCAGGAGUUCGUUGGAGUGGUGACAUAUAUGGUUUAACGCCUAUGUCGAACUACGAGUGUGAAUUCGUUUGCUCUGUCACCCAUGAGAUCUUGUUCUCAACGAGUGUUAGGACUACUCAACCCAAAUCUACAGAUGCAGACGCGGCGAGCUCGAAAACCCCUCAACGUUCACUUCGGCCAGACUCUCCAAUUACCACACUCAAGACAUCAAUUGCUGCAAAUGAGAGCAAACUCGCUGAGGAGAAGGCCCGACAGAAAGCACUGCGUAAAGAAUUUCACCGCAAAGUCAAUUCCAUGAAGAAGGAGAACGAGAAGCUUUCGACAGCCGUACAGUCAGCAGGCACAGGUGAUGACAAACUCCGGCAGAAAAUCCAGCAAAAUACUAUCCAGCAAAAACAAGCUGAACAAGCUAUGACUAGCUUGGAACAAGAGUUGAAGGAGUUUGAAAAAAUUCCCGAAUCUUUGAAGUCUGCAUGGAAAAGUAAACAAUCUGCUUGGACAAACGAAAAGGCUAAAUUCGAUGGUGCACAUGCUGCUUUAAAAAGUUUCAAGGCAUCAGUAGAAGGAGGAAUCAAAAGCCUAGAGGACGAGAAGACCAGCCUUCAAGCCAAGCGCAACAAGAUUAGUAACCGCAUUGCUAAGGUCGAUAGUGAGCAUGCUCGUAUCACGGAUGCGAAUGCCCGCGGUUUGGACGAGGCAGAACGCCGCCGCCAGGCUAGGGAAACACUCGAGAACGAUAUUGCCCGGAUUGAGCAGGAAUUUGUUUCACGCAUUCAGGACCUUGAAACUGUUAUUGUCAACAAAGAACAGGAAAACACGAUGCUUAAGGCUCAGCUUGACUCUUUCCACACUCAACAAGCCGCGUAUGCAUAUGCCGCCUAUGAACAUCCUGAAGGCCAAGGGCAAUUUCCACCAGGGGCUCUCCCCACGCACGCGCACCCGAACGCAAAUAGCGCUGCUUCGUACGAUGCAGCUGCUGCCUGGAAUAACAGCCUUUACCAAAAUGCACUUUGGGGGCCAUCUCCCCUGGCUUCUGCUUUCGUCCCACAAGCAGCUACGGUACCGCAACCCCAGCAGCAGACAACCAAAGUCAGGGGUCGAUCAUCUUCUAUGCUGAGCAACGUUUCCGGCUUUACUCAAAGCAGUGAAAAUGACGACGAAUGGAACAGUGCAGCUCACGGUGCACUGCCAGGCCACGAGAGGCCGCCCCCAGGUCUUGGCUUUCUUCGCAACGUUGGACGGCGUAGUGAUGGUAGUGGCACUCCUGGCAGCGGGAGCGGGAGCGUUGAAAGCGGAAGUGCUCGUGAUCCUAGUAGCCCUCCUCCGUCUUAAUGGUAGAAUUUCUAAGGUUCUGGCUAGGUAGCAUAGUUGUUAGGCUAAUGCUUUUGCAUCGUGGCAAGUGGUGCACAGUGACGCUCUUAGAGACAGGGGUCGCAGUGCGAUUCCCAUUUACCUCAGCUGUCUAGAUAUUAUCUCCAUAUUGAACCGGUAGGGAGACCUGGCUUAAGCACCCCGCAGCCGAUGACUAUUAUGUAUGUGUAUAUUUAUAUGCCUGUGUAUAAGCUUACUUGGGGAUUCAAAAAUUGUGGCAUAGGUAACUACUGUAAGCAUACGAUUUGACGCCCCGCCUAAACCUUGGCACGGGAUUCGGAUCUUUGAAAUCCGCUCCAGCA